AUGGCCCUGCACCAUGAUCCACCGGUCAACGACCGUCUGGACCAAUAUGAUCACGAUGGCGAUCCUGGCCGACUCGUGCCUGAACCGCCCUGGACUUGCGCUCUCGAGAUUGACGAGCGAUCCGAUUUGACGCGACUGUCUCUGCACAUUGGUUGUGCUUCGGACGGAUGCGACGAAAUGGAUUGCUCUACGAUCACCGAGAACGACUACUCCGACGACGGGGGAUGCCAUACUGCACCCUCAUGGACAUCGCCCGUCGACUCCAACAUGCUUCCAAUCUUGGGAUCGCUUCCGAAUAUGAUGCAGAAGGUUGGCCAAGGACCUGAGUACGUCGUAAAACUUCUCGAGCGGACAUCUAAACUUGAUGACUCCAGAUCCCACAUCGCUCACACACAACCAACGCCAUUUGUAAACCGCUACGCUCAGCAUAUUGCCGAGUCCACCACCAUCUACGACCACAGCUACAACCACUUUGACCAGCAACCUUCAGCUUCGCCCACGAAGUUGAUCGAAAUGUCUGCUGCAACUUCCACAAGAGUUGGCAGACUAGAAGGCGAUAACACUACCCACACUGAGAUUGACCCCCUCCUCACUACCACCAUGGCAGUGACUUCCACCGGCUGGCCCUACGGGGCCCAGCCCGGAUGCGCUGCACCCCACGACACAAUGGAGAACAUGUUCACACAAGGCUCGCCUCUCUCCGAGCUCUACGAUUCGCCGGACGAGAUGGCCUGGGCCACCUACAUCAACGAGGAGAUGCUCGCCCCCAGCGACUUCACCAUGAACUACCCCUACCCCACGGACACCAGCUCCCCGGAGGACAUCAUCAGUGACCCUACCGUCCAGUACGACGUCGAGCAGAGCCUCUUCUCCUUCAACGACCCCCUCCCAGACCUCUCGACGUCGUCGGACUACCUCUCGGGCGACCAGCUCUCCGUCUCCUACUUCGGCAGCGCAAACACGUCCCCCUUCGAGCAGUCUCUCGACUACAUCCCCGACGACAUGGACUUCCUCCAAGACUCCAGCUCCAUGCCCGUCUGGCCCCUCUCCUCCACCACCGCCUCCCCGCUCCCCACGAGCACCACCUCCCCGACCUCUCCGGACGCCGCCGACCACCCCUACCGCUGCACCACCGACAACUGCACAAAGACCUUCCGCAAGGAGGCCCAGCUCAAGCAGCACCAGCGCGUCCACCGCAAGUCGCUCGUCUGCACCAUUUGCCGCGCCGAGCGCCACACGGAGCACAAGUUCGCCCAGGUCCGCGACCUCGAGCGGCACCUGCAGGCGCGGCACCCCGAGGUCGCGCAGACCGCCAACGUGCGCUCCGAGAUCCGCGAGUGUCCGCACCCCGGCUGCGACCACCGCGGGCGCAGGGACAACGUGUCGAGGCACCACGAGAGCAAGCACGGCAAGAAGCUCAAGUGGAAGAGGGGCGUUCCCCACGUGGUGGGUUAA